AUGGCAGCCGUCGGCAAGUUCGAGUCACUGCAACUGCAGGAUUCACACGCGGAUGGGGCUCUGCGGCAAACAUCGACUGUCCUUACCAACGAGAUUCAAACGGCUGGACUGUCCGAUGUCGUCAAUCUACGUCGCCCGAGAACGCUUUUCAAGCAAGCACUGACUAUUAUACCGUUGGCUACAUGA